GAGAUAAUUCGACGAUCCGACGAACAGAUCGAGAUUUUAAGUUGAGCAUGUUUUAUCACGUCGCUAACUGGUAUAAUAAAAAUAUUUCAAAAACGGAAAAAAUAUAUAAAUUUUGUGGCUAAUUGUUGUAAAGCAUUUAGCAUGUUUUAUACUUCUACGCGGUAUUAGUUCGGUCGUAAAAUUCAUACGCUGAUACGCUACGGUUUCCUCGAUGAAAAGCGCAUAUCGGCACUUAAUUAUAGUAACACGUACUGCCAUCGUAAGAGUACGGAGUACGUUGAUACUUUUUGUCGCAGUACGGUAACGGCAACGGCAGCAUCGUACGGUACGGUAGAAGUAUCUUGUACCCAAUGGUACGCUGGAUAUCUGAACGUUUGUGCGGUUUGUGCGUUUUGCAAUAAUGGCGGGCUAAAUAACAUGUUAUUACGCCAAAAGGGACACGAACGAUAUUAGAAGAGGCAAAAACAGAACAAGAAACAAGGACGCAAAACGAACGUAAAAUGUCGAGUUGCGAGUUGAAUCAAAUCUUUCUCGGAGAAAUCGCUUCUGUACAAAAUUAUGGAGCUUUUGUGAGAAUUCCUGGAUGUAAGCAACAGGGUUUGAUACACAAAUCGCAGGUGAGUUCUGCAAGGGUGGACGAUGUUGCAGACGUACUACAGCGGGGGGAGCGGGUGUGGUGCAAAGUUAUAAAUAUUAGCGAUGAUGGCAAAGUCGGUUUGUCAAUGAAACAUGUCAAUCAGGGUAAUGGUAAAGAUCUGGAUCCAAAUGGAAUAGAGCAGCAAAUGGACGAACAACGAAGAAAAAAGUUUGUGCCAGGACAGAAAAGGCCGAUAGAGCUAGAGGCUGUUCUUGAUACAACAUGUACCAAGUGCGGAACACGGGGCCACCUUGCCUCUGACUGUUUUAGUACACCUGAUGGUAAAAAAUAUGAACUAUUGCCAGAAGUUGAGGAGCUCCCCGAAGCCACGGUUCACCCUCCGAAAGACGAUGCAAAUAUGGAUGCACGAUCCAAGAGUCAUAAACGAGCAAAAAAAAAGAAAAAACUGAAAAAAUCACGACGCUCUGAUGGUAGUAGCGACGAUGAAAGUGACGAUAGUGAUACGGUCACUGCCACUGAUGAAAAUGACGAGCAUAAAAGAAGAAGUAAGAAAUCCAAAGAUUCAGCCAAAAAGAAGAAACGAACGAAGAAAGAUAAAAGAAAAAAGCGCGAAAAUGGCGCAAGUGAUAGCUCAACUAACCAGGGAGAAAGUAGGCGACGUGAGGGCAGUGAUAAAAAGUCGAAAAAGUGUAAACACUCGAGAUCCAAACAUUCGGAUUGAUCCGGAUGAGAAAAAGAAAGAUAUAGAUUGGGAAAGAACAAAUGAUUGUAUAAAAUUAGUGAUGAAAUAAUUUGACCAGUAAUACAUACCGGAGUCAGGUAUUUGUAUGUGAGAUGUACAUUUUCCGCCAAAACAUCAG